UAGAAGGGUGAGAUAGCUGUUGGCCGACUGUCCCAUACUGCAAAGGCAAGAAGACAGCUUUAGAUCAUUAUCUGUCUAACCCUAACCCUAGAGAAACGUCGGGAGGAGAGAGAAGGGGACGACAGGCAGCGAAGGACCAAGGUUAAAGGGAAAGACAAAGCUGCAUCGCUUCCUGCCCGUCUUCUGUGUUACACUCUGGUGAAACGGGUCAUUGUCGUCGUGGCGUUUGACCUCGGAGCUGUUGGGUAGAAGAAAACAAUGAGAGAAGGAACAUCAGUAUAAAAGGAAGAGGAGCAGCCUGAGCUCGGCAGCUGUCCUGAAACAGCAUCACUUUGCCAUCAUGUUGUUGCUGGGAGUGUGUCUGACUCUCUGCAGCCUCCUGACGCUGAGCCCAGCCAGUCCCGUUAACUCCUCCUCCACGUCCAGGAAUACGGGCCGCUGCGAGUACAUGAAGCACUACGACAAAUACAAGCCUGGAGAAUACAUCCCAGAGUGUGACCAAAAUGGGAACUUCCUCCCGCUGCAGUGCUGCACAUAUACGGGCUACUGCUGGUGCGUCAGCAUCUACACCGGAGAUAUGGUAUACAACACCAAGGCACUUAUUGGGGAUUUCCAUUACGAGUGUGGCAAGGAAUACUACUGUCCUCUUGGCUGGUCCAUGUACGGCGAGAAAUGUAUCAUGGUCAUCAAUCACGAAAAGACGUGGGCUGAAGCUGAGAGUUACUGUCUGUUUGAGGGAGGAAACCUGGCAUCGGUCCACAGUGAUCAGGAGAACCACUUCAUCCAGGUUCUGACCAAAGACGAGAACUAUGACUUCCCAGAAACCUGGCUCGGUGGAUAUGAUGCCAUACAGACCUGCAUAUGGUUCUGGAGUGACGGCACCAAGUUUAAUUAUGAAAACUGGUUCAUGGAUUAUUAUGUGGAGAGAAAAGAGCACUGCCUGAAGAUGAACUAUGGACCUGGGAAGAAAUGGCACUUUGCCGCCUGCAACGAGACCCUCCCCUUUGUUUGCUCCAAAAGCAACUGGAAAAUGGACAUUUUCUAAAGAAACAGACACAUCGAGACAUUCCUCGGCUACACAUACUGGAUCCAAAAGUUGGAUGUGUGUUUCCUCUGCAUAAUCACUUUCUAUAAAUGCUUUUUACAACAUUCAUGCUUUAGAUAUUUGUUGUGACGCCUCUAAUUCUCUUUCAGCUGGUAUAACUUUUGCCAAUUAUUUCCCUUAUCUUUUGCAAUAAUUGUCAUAAUGUCUAUUAACACAUUGCAAUUGAAGUGGCUCAAAGUAAAGGCUUGUGCUUUUAAGGUUA